AUGAGUGAUUUAUUAUUUGGUUGGCUUAACGACGAAGUUUAAUUAAGCAAAAAAAUAAUUAGCUUUGAAGAAGAUUUUUCAAACGGUUACUUUUUUGGAGAAUUAUUAUCAAAAUAUAAUCAGCAAUUGAAUUUUGAUGAAUUUAAAAACAAAGAUAUUCGAACAGCAAAAAUAAAGAAUUUUAAUCUUCUUUAACCUACUUUUACAACAUUAAAAAUAAAAUUUGAUACUAUAACUGUAGAUUAAAUAAUAAAAUGCUAAAAAAAUGUUGCUGCCAAUAUUUUAUAUCAAUUAAAAAUGGCUUUAGAAAAAGUAAAUAACCCAGCAGAUAUGAUUUUUAGUAGUAAAUCUGGAAAAUAUAACACAAUAACACCUUUGAUGAAAAUUAAUCCUCCAAUUGAUUAAUAUGCUAAAAUGGAAUCUCAUUUUUUUGAUUAACUUAUAAAUUAAAAAAAUAAACCUUAAAAAGUUGUAAACUUAGAUAAACAUUUAGAGCAUUAUGAUAAAUAUAAAAAACAAUAAGACCAAAUUAUAUAUUAAUAAAAAUAAAAAUAUGAGGAAGAGUAUAAAGCAUUAAGAGAUUAAAUGAGAAAGAUUUAGCUUAAUAAACUUUAAAGAAACAUGGCUUUUUAAGAAGAUUGGAAUGAUAAAGGUUAAGAAUAAUGGAAGAAAAAUUAAGAAAUUAGAAAACAAAGUGAAUUAGCUGAUUAAUAAUUUACUCAAAAAAUAACUUUAAAAGCAUAAAAUAAAUUGAAUACAAUAAAAGAAACUACUAAAAAUGAAGUUCUUGGUGAUAUAGAAUAAUUUGAGUUAAGCUUGAAGAAAAAAGGUUUAAUUCUAGAAGAAGAUAAUAACGGAAACAUAAUCAAAAAAGAAAAUAAAAAUUUAGUAAGUGCAACUGCAACAAUGAAUAGGAUUAAAGAAAAAUAAAAAUUAAAUGAAUUUUUGAGAAAAGAAAGAGACAAAAGAAGAAGAAAGAUGAUUGUAGAUUAAUCUAAAUUACAAAGGGAUAUUUAAGUCAAAAAAAGAGAGGAAUUAGUUUUAAAAAAAUUAGAAUAAUAAUCAAGAUAAGUAAUAAUAUUAUUAUAAAUUUUAUUUAAAAUAAAAUAAAAAAAGGAAAAAGAAAUAGAAUACGAAGUAUGGAGAGCACAAUAAUGCAAAUAAAUAAUAAUAGAAAAUAGAAGAAUAAGAUAAGAUAAAUAUAAAUAAAAAAAUGAAGUAAUGGUGAUAAAUGCUAAAUAUAAAGAAGAAGAAAUGCUAAAAUAAUUAAAAGAAGAAAAUAACAAAGACAUAAAAAGUAAAUUAGUAAGAUAAAAUGAAAUAGAAAUAUAGUAAAAGUAAAUGUAAAGAAAGUAAAAUUAUUUUAAAUGCUAAGAUAUUGUUCAUUAAUUUAUUGAUUUAGCAAAUAUUUGUUAUGACUAGUAAUAAUUAAAUGAUACUAAUUUAAUUGAUACAAAUUUAUUUUAAAAUUAAUUACAUUUAUUUAUUAACGAAAUGAAUCUAAUUAAAACUAAAUAAUUUGCUAAUGCUGAUAUAAUAUAGAAUUUAAAAUAAUAAUAUGAAGAUUAAUAAGAAAGCAAAAAGUUCGUAAUUUCUAAACAAUUUCAAGAUUAUUUAACAGGAUAAGGAAUUUGGGUUCCAUAACAUAAUUUUCCUUAAAAUGAAGAAGAUGAGAAAAAUAUACCUAAUCAUGCCAUAAAUAACUACUUUUUAGGAGAUUUAAUAAUUUAAAUACUUGAGAAAUAUUAUGAAUAAAAAUUAGAAGAAUAAAAGAAAAUUAAAAAUAAUCAUUUUGAUUGGCUUCCAAUAAAAAUAGCUAUACUCGGAUAUUAAUUUUCUGGAAAAAAAACUAUAGCAAAUUUACUUUAAUAAAAAUAUAAUGUAAAAAUACUUUCUGUUGAAAAAUUAUUAAAUGAUCUAAUAGAUACAUGGAGGUAAUAUUAGCAAAAAUAAUAGUAAAUAUAAUAAAAAAUAUUAAAAACAUAAGAAAUAGAAAAUAUACUUUUGGAUGGAAAAGAAAUUCCUGAUGAAUAUUACAUUAAGCUUAUCAUGAAAGAAUUAAAUAAAAUACAUCCUGAAGUAUCUGAAGAAUAAUUUUUAGAAAACUAUGAAAAAAUUCUAUAUUUAAACGAUAAUCAUAAUGAUUAACAAUUAUGUAUCGACAAUGAAAAUAGAGAUAUAGAAUUCCCUUUAACAUAAGAAGAUAUUUUCAAAAAUUAAUUAUCAAAUAAAAAUCAUAAAUACACUAAUGGUGUGAUUUUAUUGGAUUUUCCACAUUCAUAUGAAUAAGCGAAAUUAUUAGAAAAAGAGCUUUCUGGUUUUAUGCCUAAAGAUGAAGUUAUUUAAAGUGAAUUUGAAAAAAGUGUUUAAAAAGCUUCUUUAAUUGUUAAAGGCAAAGAAGUAGAAAUAGUGAAAAGGUCUUUAAUUAAAGCAGGUUUGGAUAAUGUUUUUUAUAUAAAUAUUGAUAAAACUGAAAGUCUAAGAAGGGCUUUAGGAAGAAGAUAUGAUCCUUUUACAAAACAAUAUUAUCAUUUAGAUGAUAAUAUUCCACCUGUUGAUAAUGCUCCUCUAGUAGAAAGAAUUGAAGGAAUUAUGUAAUAAUCCGAAAUUGGAAUAGUCGACAAAAAUUGUUUAUUAGAUAAUAAUUAUUAAGAACUUAAAGAAUGGUACUCUAUGUUUGGUUAGUAUUAUAAUUCUUAUGAAAAUAAUUAAUCUGAUAAUUAAGAGGGAUAUGAAAUAAAUGAAUAAGAAGAAUAAAAUUAGUAUGAAUAGGAAAAUUUAGAUCAUGAUAUAAAUCAUAUAAAUUCUUAAAAUAAAUAAUCAGAAUUAAAAUAGGAAUAAUAGGGAUAAAAUAAUAGUCCAAACAAAGAUAAAUAAUAUGAAAAAAAUAAAUAAGAAGAUAUAAAUAUAGAAAAUUAAGAAGAUAAAAAAUAAUAAUAAUAAUAAUAAUAAUAAUAAUAAUAAUAUAUAGUUAAAAAAGAAUUAAUUUGUUGUCAUUAAGCAAUUACAAAUCUUGCAAAUUUAUGGAAAAAUACAUAAGAUUAUUAUAUUAAUAUAACAUAAGAUGUUUUUUAUGAUUUAUAAGAAUAAAAAGAAUUAAUUAUAGUUAGAUUUAAUGAUAUAUAAAAAAAGUUUUUAAAGUUAAUAUAAAGAUAAGAUAAUAAAUUUGAAUAUGUAAGAUAAUACUAAGAAUAAUAUAAUGACUUUGUUUAAAAUUAUCCAGAUAUGUGUGAAGAAUAGUAAACUAAAGAAGAGUUGCACUAAAGAGUUGAAGAUUUACAUAAUUUACUUUAUGACAUAAUUGAAAAUAAACGAGAAGAAGCAACUGAAGAAAGAAACUAAAUAAUUAAAAGUGGAUGGAUUUAAAAAGAAAUGGAAAAAUUUACUCUUUUAAUGCAAAGAUUAAUUUAAGCUGAAUUAAGUAGAUCUUUUAGUUGUUAACAGCUAAUAGCAGAUUACUAUACUUUAGUUUUAGGUGAAGAAUUAUAAGAAAUACCUGAAUAUUAUAAAAAUGAUAUUAUAAGCAAUUAAGACUCACUUCCUCCUGUAGAAGAUGCAUAAAGUUUUCCUAGAAUAGAAAAGAUUAUUGAUUCAGCCUUAAAACUACAUAACGGAGAAGAAGAAUAGGAAGAAAAAGGUGCUAAUAAAAAGGGUGGAAAAGUAGCUAAAAAAGAAGAUAAAAAAGCUCCUAAAAAAACAGGUAAAAAUGCUCAAGAAGAAGUAGAAGAAAAAAAAGAGCUUAAUCCAUUAGAGAAAAAUAUGAAAGAGGCAUUGCAUAUAGAAAAAAGCAUAUUUAGAUAUAGAAUAUAAGUACUUAAAGAUUUUUCUAUUAGUAGAUUGAAAGAAAUGAAAGCUUUAAGUAGUAUUUUAUAUGGAAAGCUUGAGGAUUGGAUUGAAUACACUUUUAAAAUAGAAAACGAUGCAGUUAAUGAAAUGGAUUACAUUUUUAGAUAAUAUAUUGAAGAAGAAAAAAAAAUUUAAAAAGAAAUUCAACUUAAUUAUGUCGAUGUUAUUAUUUCUCAUUAAAUUUUAAAUUUUUUAACUCCACCACCGAUUAUUUUACCUGCUAAAGAAACUAUCUUUUAACACAAAUUCAGUAUUUCUUAAUUAUAUGUAAUCAUCGAAGAAAUCAGAAGUAUCACUAAUGAAAGAAAUUUAGUAGAAUCAAGAGAAUUAGUCCAAUUUUUGUUUAGAAAAACAAUUAAUAAAAUUACAUCCGAUGUAUUGCCUUCUAUUUGGAGAAAAAAUACUAUAUAUGAUUAUCAGAGACUUGUUCUUAAUUUAGACCCUCAAAAAACUGGAUAUGUUAACAGUAGCCAUCUAUGCGUUUAUUUAUGUUUAUUAGGAGCUACAUUACCUUCAAACUAAGAAUUGUAAAUUUAUGCGUAAAAUUUAGUUUUUGCGGCUAAUGGAGAGCAUUAAAUUGAAAAAAAUCCAUUUAUGUUUACUGAAGCUUGGUUUGACAAUCAAGAAUCAUGUGAAAUUGAGCAAUAUUCGAAAUAAUUCGAUCGUCCUAAAUGUUUGAAAGAAUUAAUGUUUUAUGUUUAUAAAGAUUUUGAAACAGAUUUAGUUGAUAUCAAUUAAUAUAUUUAAGCUUUAAGUGCAUUAAAUUAUAUCCAUGGACAUCUAAAUGAAAAUAUUAAGACAUACAAUGAUGUUUUAUUAAGUUGA